AUGUACAUUCCCAACACGCGCUGGACCUGGGCUUUCAUGCUCACGGCCAUCUGCCAGGUCGGCAUCGCCCUCGCCCUCGAAUCGUACGUCUUCAGCAAGUUCCAGAAUGAGAUCCAUUUCGCUGCCGAAGGUGCUGGCGCCAACGAAACCCGCACCAUUCCCACCUUCCUCGCCGUCUUCAUGUUCGGCUACAUCUACCAAUUAUUCCUCACCUGGGAUGCUCUGCGCAUGAAGAACACCAUUCAGGUCAUUGGACUCGUCCUGUACAACAUCGGCAUUCUCGUCUAUGCCGCCAUUCAAUUCGACCAGAUCAAGGACGCUGCUGACGACCUCAACACGCGCCGCUUCAUUCCCAAGGAUUUCUGGGAAGACGUCAAGCCCAUGCUCAUCGCCCUACCCCUGUACGAUGAGUUCGCUUGGACCAUCUACAAGCGCAUCAGUGCCGACACUAGACUGAAGAGGCGCUAUCUGACCUACCAGAUUUACAUCGCCCUCCUCAAGUUUGACUUCUUCUUCUUUCUGGCCUUCACCGUCCAGUUUCUGGUCGUCGUCAAAAACACAAAGACCGUUGAACUGAUCCUCACCGCUGCCGCCCUCGUUAUCACUUUCUUUCUUUUGUUCCUUGCCGCGUGGUGGGUCCGCCGCGAGUCCGUUGCUGGUAUGAUCGGCAUUAUCGUCGUCUACUUCAUUGCCUUGGGCUACUUCUUGUUCAAGCUCAUCCGAAUGUGGGUCGCCGAUGCAAACCGCCAGGAGGACUACAAGCCAGCCCGCAAGUCGCUGACUGCCUUUGCCAUUCUCACAAUCCUCUUGCUCAUCAUCACCAUUGUUACAGCAUGCUUGUGCACCCACAACUUCAACAAGGGCCUGAAGCCUCAUGUCAACGACAAGAUUGUGCAGAGCGACAAGACAUACAAUACAGAAAUGCCGUCACUGAGCGGACCUGCGCCAUCACAACGGAUGGAAAUCGACUAG